AUGUUUUUCCUGUUCCUGGCACAUGUUUUCUCACAAACCUUGUUCUAUUUGGACGAGACAAAGGAGGUCGAAAGUGCUCUAAGACUGAACGGGCAGACCGUGGUCCUAAUGCAGGCAAAGGUGUUCCAUAGGACGUCCCCCAGUCUCCCGUGGAAGGAGGCAAAGGGGAUCAAUGCUGGAAUCAAGCUUAGCAUAUACAAGUCAGAAGGGGAUUACAAAAAUGCAGACCCAGACCCAAAGAAUCUUAUAUUCAAGGAUGUCAAGCAUGAGACAUUCAGCACAUUCUUUUACACAACCCCCGACACAGGAUACUACACAAUGGUAUUUUCUCUGGAAACAGAUGUCACGGGAGAAUUGGCACUUGGGCUUUCUAUCUAUGAGGGAAGGCCCUGGACUCCCGAAAUUGUUUCCGGCACAGACUACCAGAUGGAAUGGCUGACAAGAAAGAUGAGCGAUUUACUUUAUGUUUCGAAAAACAACUUUGAUCUUCAGAAGCUGGACGACUGGGAUGAGGUUGAAUACACAAGUCUGUACAACAGCAUCUUUAAGCUCAUAAACAGAAUAGUGCUUCUUAAGAUAGUUACAAUAUUUGCCACUUUGAUGUACAUCAAUAGGAAAACAAAGGAGUUCUAUAUAUCUAAGAAGAUAGUGAAAUAA